AUGGCUAACCUGAUUCUUUUGCAGUGCGAUACAUCGGAUCAGAUUGAACACACUAUUGACUUGAACAAACAGUAUCGCAUCAUUCUAUCUUGCCAACGAAAGCACACUCAUGAGAUAAAACAUCUUUUCACUAGUCGUUACGUAUGGGCAGUUUAUAUUCUAGGUCAAUACAAUACUGAAAAUGUUAAAGUUCGCACAGUGAAUGGAAAUGAACGAGACUUGAUGUGGUAUCUUAUGAAUCAUGAAACGGACUAUCUCAAUGAACAAGAAAUGAAGCUUCGCGAUCAAGGUGAUAUGUUUGCAGCUAAUGUGCUAAGCAAUGAAAGUAUAAUUCUCUUUGAUCAAAUGGAUGGAUUUACUAAUUUUUAA